CAUCAAGUGUAUGCUGGACUGAAUUUGCCAGGCCUCCUAUUCCGUGCAAGCAUCUCUCCUGCUGGUGACGAGGUUUCUUAGCAAGUCCAGACAGAGCUCAGCCUUCCACCAUGCCCGUGCCUCCCCCUCCAGCUCCCCCUCCGCCCCCAACGCUGGCCUUGGCAAAUACUGAAAAGCCAUCCCUAAGCAGGUCAGAACAAGCAGGGCGAAAUGCUCUAUUAUCUGAUAUUACCAAAGGAAAAAAGCUAAAGAAGACUGUUACUAAUGACAGAAGUGCUCCGAUUUUAGACAAACCCAAAGGACCUGGUGGAGGUGGCGGCGGUGGCUUUGGAGGAGGUGGCGGUGGCAGCGGCGGGGGUUUUGGUGGUGGCGGUGGUGGCAGCUUCAGUGGCGGUGGACCACCUGGCCUUGGAGGCCUUUUUCAAGCAGGAAUGCCAAAGCUCAGAUCUGCUGCGAGUCGAGAUGCUGAUGCCGGGGGAGGCCGCCCGCCCGCCCUGCCGCCCGGAGGCCGCUCCGCAGCCGCCAAGACAGCCCUGGUCCUGUGUUACGUGGGCUGUGCCUUUGUAUUUGACCAGUCGCCACACCAGUUACUCAGAUACACGGACACUGGGAAUGCCAGUCUAGGCCCCCUCCCACCACCUCCUCCCAUAAGCAGGAAUGGAAGCACUUCAAGGGCUUUGCCUGCUGCUCCCCAGCUGCCCUCCCGGGCAGGGCUGGACAACCAGAGAGGUGCACCACGACCGCCGCUUCCCCCCGACCGGCCGGGCUCAGCAGCGCCGCCGCCACCACCACCGCCUUCAUCAGCUGUCAGAAACGGCUUCCAGGAUGCAGGUGAUGAUGAAUGGGAAAGCAGAUUUUCUUUUCACCCUAUAUCUGAUUUGCCACCUCCAGAGCCAUAUGUACCCGUGAACAGAAGUUAUCCCAGUAAACUAGCAAGAAAUGAAAGUAGAGGUGGCUCUGGCCGAAAAGAAAGAGGUGCCCCCCCGCUUCCGCCUAUACCAAGGUGAAAUGAGUUCUGGCCCAUCUUUGGGCGACGUCUGUUUUCAAAUUUCCUUAGAGUCAGCUCUCCUGUCCACAUCAUUGGAAAGUUGUCUGGUUUGCUUUAUUUCCACUUUUGGCUUGUCAGCUGGAACAAACUUCAGUCUCUAUUACAGAAGUAAUAGAUGCGGCUUAUGAACUAUAGUUGCUCAAAGCUAUAAAUUUUAUUUGCUUAUACUGCAGGCUGUCAUGAAAGGCAUUUUGUGGACCAUACACAGCAUACGUGCAUCAUGCUUACCGUGUCCAGCCCUGUCCCCUUGAGAGCUCCAGAGGAGGUCUGGCUUUGAAUUUAAUGAGAGCUGGAACAAAGCUGUUUCAUUCACUUGGGUACAGUGGCUGUAUUAUUUGAAUUAUAAAAUACAAUCUAUUUUCUGUAUAAAAAACAGUUGCUGGGGAAAACCGUGUAGCCAAGAGUCCCCUGGAUCCUUCUUUGCAUGCCUAACUUGGCCCAUCUGCUUCUGCAAGCCAUAGACCUACUGCACGAUGACCAAGAGUUCAUCCUAAACCUUUUCACUUCAGCUUAGCCAAGCAAAUCUUAUUUUAAAACAAUAGAUAGCACAUCCCGCCCCGAGAAUGGAGUGUGUCUGGCCUUGUUUUAUCUGCGGAGAAUCUUCCAAAGAAAAGCACAAGUGAAGAAUUCAGCAGCAUAAAAAUAACUUCUUUUUAAUUCCUCUUUCCUUGUUUUUUAAUAGUGUUACACUGUUAGUCACCUAAUUCUUUCCUACUCUGAUGCGGACCAACCCACAGUCAUCCGUGUCCUGGAUUAUUGUAAUGCCCUUUACCUGAGACUGCAUGCGAAGAGUCCUCAGAAAGUAGUCUUGGUGCAAAUGCAGCAAUUACUGUAGUUGCAGGCUCCCUCCGUAAAGCAUUGCUAACACCAGUGCUCCACAGACUGCUUUCCAGUUGUUUCUUUGGUACAAUUAAAUGAUGGGGUUUAACUUAAAAAGCUUCCUGGGGCUUAGGUCACAAGUCUCAGAGAGAUUGUAUUUGACUUGUGUUACAGAAGAGCAGCUGAGGUCAAAAACGUGCGUAAGUGAAAGCCCUUUGAUGUAGUGGAGGAGGUCUGGGGUUUGUGCGUUCAAGUGGGAGCAUCAGCUCCAAAAUUUGCUGUCUGCACUGGUUCGAGAGAAGCGGGAAGAUUUGGCCUUCUGAGUUUACCAUGAAGCCUGUCCUUUCAAACUUUGCCGAAAGGAGUCUCCGCAGAGAGCUGCAAGGCUUCCAUUAAUAGAAGAGAGAGUGAAGUAUUCUAACAUUGUGACAAUUGGUUAAUAUGUUUAAUGGCUUUUGAAUUUUGUGUAUGAGAAAAGAGUUCCUCGUAUGAGUGCAUUUUACAAAUGGAUCUAAACGCAUAUAAAAUGCCUUUGGAAAUUAGAGGAAGAUUAUAAUUCUGGAUUUGAAAUAUUGCUGAACGAUAGCUCUUUGUUAACUGGACUUCUGAAGGUUAGCUCUGAAAAAUUUCUCCUCUGUCUCCUCAACAGUUUCUGUUUCUUCAACAUACUCCUUGGGAUCCCUACCCAGUCUGUAUCAGCAGCCAUGCUUCACAGGGUGUUGCUCAAAAAAAAAAAAAUAGAAAAACUAGUCAUGUAGAUUAAGAAAAUGUUUCUCUAGCAUGGGAGACAUGAUCCUAAGUAUGCUCUGUAGCUAGAAUGAGGUCAGUCCUUGAAAAUCUAGGGAAUUUAGCCAAAGAGAGUCUGGACCCCACUGAAGCGUUUGUGCAUAGGGCUUUUUGCUCUGUCAGUGGGCAUGGAGGGGCAGAUCCCCUUUCUGCCCAACAGCCUGGGCAGUCACAGUGAAGGGGAUGAGAGAGAGUUGGAUUUGGCCAGAUCAAAUUUAAUUUGGCCUUUUCAGUGUUUGUUUACAAACUCGUUAGCUGUGACAGCAUUUGAUUAUGUACCUGUCUUUUACAUUUUUAUAUCUAAUGACCUAUUUCAAGUUACUAUUUAUGGUCUUGAACCUGCAAUUAAAUGCGCAGGCGCAAAGAUGUAUCUACAUCUAAUUGCAGGAUCGUGGCUGUAAGAGUUUCUUAAACAGAUAUUAGUGGGACCUCCAUGUGACAGGUACACCUUGGGAUCAAACCUAGCGCAAUACUGAAUUUGUAUAUGUAUUUUAUGGAUGUCACUUAAACAAAGUGCCUGUCUCUUUGGGAUAUUAUUAUGUGAAUAGAAGUCCAAAUAAGAUUUUUAGGAUAAUAACUUAAAGGAUAAAUUAUUGUAUUCAUGUUUUUAAACUGAAGCACUUACAACUUUCUAAGGAACAACAUUCUGAAUUUAAGAAUACAGUAUUUCAGUACCUUGACCUGCCAAAUCCUUAUUAAUAUCCAAAUAGCUAUGCAGCCAAAAAAAAAAAACCUCUAGAAACUAUACCUUUUUUGUAACUUACCUGCUUCCAGCAUGACUGUUUUACUUUGAGUAAGUCAAUGAAAAUGCUGCACGUUGUUCUGCCGACUCUCUGCAUCAUUCGAAAUAUCCUAUAUCUGAUCUUUUGAGCAAGGUUUUCUGACCAGAAAUUCUGGACCACUACCAAGACUUGGCAAACCAGCUUCAGUCUCACUUUAAAAUGUGCUGUGUAAAAGGCCCUCAGUCAACAAGCCAAGAAACCUGAGCUGCUUGGGUUUGAGCACUUCUUUGUACUAUAGAAACCUCUUCAGAAUGGAUGUUUGGCAUAUAUGUAAAAUAGCUUAACAGUGCAGAAAGAGGUAUUUUUUCACCUAACAACAGCUUUACUAUUUAUACCUUUUGCUAUAAAAGUCCCUAGAAACAUUCCAGAACAGUGCAGCAUUUUAUCAUUCAAUAUAUUGCUUCAUAUAUCAGUAGCUAAUUAGAAUAUCAUCAGUAUUUAUUUCACUAUGAAGUGUUAAAAAAGAAGAAUGCAAAACAUAUUGAACCAGUGGUGCCUUAUGACUUUUUUUGUCAACUUUUCUGUGUCUCACUAGAAAAAUUAAUAGGCGUUGCUCUUCCAAGUCCUAAUGUAAAUAGUGCCAACAGUAGCAUUAUGCAGCGUUUGAGCCAAGUCCUGCUGUUGUAACGUGCUCUGUCUGCUAACUUCAGAUUGAGCUCAGUGUACGGAGAGACUAUUGGAUCAGUCUUUAGGUGAGAUGUCGGUGGGCACUGGUUAACCUCACAAUCAAUUGUUGGUAUUGCUCUGGAAAUUUAACCCUUUCCCAAAACCAGUGUCUCACUUUGCAGUCCAUACAGCCCAGCUGACUUCAGCGUGGUUGCAUAGGUUAUUAGAGGACUAAAUUUGAUUCACUGCUCGCAUAUAAGAUUGAGUGGGUUUGUUUCAAUGGCAUUGUAUUAUAAACCUUCACACCUCAAACUAUCUUUUUAUGUCAUCACUAGACUCGCAUUGUGUGACAACAGCCACGGAUAUUCAUUUUUGUUUAAUUCAAGUCAGUAAAUAAAAUGGGAACAACUUUUGUACCAUAUGGCAAUAAUUUCUGCUCAAUAUUUUUGGAAGAAAAGCACAUGUUAUGUUUGUUAUGACUUUCUGCACCAGCCAAUGGGAGAAGAGGUCACAGUGAUUAACAUUCAGAAUUGUUAAAGGAAACGCAGCUUGUGAUUCAGGAAGCAUGUAUUUCUGUAAAUGAACUACUUAAACAAGGUUGCAGAGUUCUUGUUUAGAAGCCGGCAUUUCCCAACACUAGAAGGAUCAUAAGAACGAUUUUUUUUUCUGCAAGACUGAACUAUUAAAGUUCCUUAAAUUGUCACUUAAAAAAAUGGACGGUAGUUUCUCCUUGCAACAACAACUGUUUACAUGUCACUUGUAGAAGUAGGUCUCUGUUGGAGCAGAGGAUGAGGGAACUAAACUGCUAUCAUGCUUCACAUAUAUUGUAACACAACAAUUUUGUAUGCAAAAGUAUGCAAAUAGAAGGGGUACUUUUUGCCUUGGAAGCAAAGAAUGGAGUUGAAUGAUCCAGCUGGGAUUAUUUCAAGCAGAAUGUCAAAUGUCAAGAGACCUAGAGGAGGCCCCUCAGCCACAGGAAACGAGAAGAGCGCUCAAGGAAAUACAAACCCAUUGGCUGAAUGUUGCUGUCAAUACUAGAGUACAAAUCACGAUAUAAAAUGCAUGGACGUAAUACCACAUCACAAUAGUGUGAACACCGUUGUCUCACAGUCAGGUGCAAACAACCUGUUAUGGUGGUACAUUGACUCUGUAUGACAUAUAUUGUAUGAACUUUCAUCUUUCAAACGGUAUUCACCAGAAAAUAAGGAGAAUCUCUUACCUAAGAUAUCCGAUAACACAUUAAGUGUAGCUAGUUCAUGGAAUGAUUCUUCACGUACAUUAGGAGAAAACGGGGAUCUUCUAGCCUGUAAGGUAGAAGUGUCUGGACCAUUCAGUUAAAAUGUAAACCUGGAGCACUGGCAAAAAGGGGAGUGUUGGAGUUAACUCAGCAGAAGCAGGGCACACGUAUAUGUUCUUAGUGAGUGAGUAUGCAGCAGGUAGAUAGGCGGACUAAAAGAAAAAAAUGGAAACGGCACGUCUUAAAAAAGGGAGUAACCCUUCAGUAUGUUGCCAUUUUGAAAUACAGUUUGUCUGUGACAAAUGUUCUUCAGUGUAAACUAAUGCAUGCAAAGGAAGACCUCUAAAUUUGGACUUCCAAAGCCACACGACUAUGAAAGAGAGAGAAACAUAACUUAAAACAUAGGCUGAGCAGAAAGCAACAUGUUUUUAUCAGAUGCGUAAAGUUUGAGCUUUUUAUAAAAUAUUAAUCUAGUUCUGUGAAUAUUUUUUUGCUUAACAU